AUGCCAAGAGUCAGGAACGGUUUCAUCUUGUAUAGGUCACUUCACCACCACGAGGUGGUCAAAAGACUAGAGCGAUUGGGAGAAAGUGCGGACAAUGGUAAAGUCUCGCGAAUUCUUGGGGACCAAUGGUCUGAGCGAUUGUCCGACAUACAAAAGGCCUUUUUCGAGCAAAAGGCAGCCCAAGAGGCGGCUACUCAUCGGGAAACAUACCCAUGGUAUGAGUAUGAGCCAGACAGUAAGCGCUCCCAAGCGAAUGGAGGUGGUUCUAUUCGCAAAAUUAGUCUCGCGACCACGAGCCUACCAGGAUACCUUGACAUGGUAGAGGUCACGCGAGAAUACCACGACCUCCUCAGACAAUACGAUAUGCCCAUAAUUCACCCAGUACCAUUCGGGGAUGAGAAGGGACUGUCGAAAUUCAACAUUCCCGAUCUCUACAAGCAUAUACUCGUGGCGCCAGAGGAGGCGUUGGCAAAGCGCGCACGUACAGCUCGUCGCACCGGAGGAAACAAGAAGUCACAGCGACAAGUCGCGACUCCGCCUUCAUCUCUCCCCGGCCCUUCCAGUAGCCCCCAGGAGUCUAUUCUUCAACAAUCCUCUUCGAGUAUUGAGCCACAGCCACUCUUCAACCCAGAUCCAUCGGUUCAACAGGGAGUGGCGUUAAGUCAGGAUGAUUUCGACUUUGAUCGCUUAGUCGACGACCUAGGACUCAGCCAAUACCGUGAUCAAGGCGAAAUUGAUUACGACCAAUGGGACUUUAGUGUCUCCGGCCUAAUGCCUUAA